AUGAAGAAAUUUCAACGACAAGUGCCAAAAUCAGAAGCCUUCCCCUGUGACGUGCGAAAUACACGAAGUGCCUCUAGACCACAUUCAGUUCAUAAACUUAGACCUGGCGACAUAGAUGUUAUUGGGGCAUUAGGUGAUAGUUUAACAGCUGGAUUUGGCGCUACAGCAAUAACUCCUUUCGAAUUGUCACUCGAAGAAAGAGGAAAAUCGUUUGCCAUUGGUGGUGAAGCUAACUGGAAAACUUACGUAACCCUGCCUAACAUCUUAAAAGUCUUCAAUCCUAAUUUAGAAGGAUAUGCCUUGAACACUUCUUUGUCCACACAAGAGGGAUCCCAGUUGAACGUAGCCGAAGGGCUUGCUAUUUCUGCAAAUAUGCCUUACAUGACCAAAGAACUCAUCAGAAGAAUCAAAUCAGACAAAAAAAUUAACGUGGACGAGGACUGAAAGGUGUGAGAAUAAAGGGUUAACCAACACUGUAACACUAGUUUUUAGAU